UCUACGCUGCCCAAGCCGGCGGUGUAUUGUAUCUCCAAGACCCUCGGGAAUUCGGAAUGCGGCUGCUUGCCGAAACUCUUUCGUCGCUAGUGGCAUUCGGAUAAGACGGACUAGACUAUGAAUACCUCAGCCCCUCCAACAAAGAGACCCAGCAGCGAGUAUUCCGCGGUCAACUCAACUACCGCUCUUCCUACAUAGAUUAUUUCACAUGUCCUGGUUCCCUGGUGAUGGACUGGUUCAUUCCCUCUCGGGAUCCGACUCGGAGAUGGAGCAGUGGGCUGAGUUAUGGUUGGGUAUUAGUGUGAAUGGGAUCAGUUUCCGGAUAGACGAUCAGCUGGAUAUGGUGCGCCAUGUACCGCUAAACAGAUGCCGGAAAGGGACGCCCCAUGGUGCGAAGUGUUGAGCAAUGAUGAGGAGAUCGCGUCAUAUUUGGGGACAGCACGCCCGCUGCCUCCCUCCGGGAAAUAUCAGGAGUUUAUUGCUGGGCAGAUGAUCAAAUCACGCAAUGAAGCUUGUACCAUUGAGCGCGUCGCGAUGGUGGUGGCUGGUGUUAAGGGAGUUCCGGUGG